GGUUGCCGCACGCGCUUCGGCCCUUUUGCCCCGCAACGCGCGGGACGUCGUCCGGGUUCGGCGCAUGUGGCAGGGCGCGAAGGGAGGCCGGCGCUUGCCGCCGAGGCAGCGGCCCUCCUUGCCGCGGAGCCGUAGCGCCCGACGCCCGUCGACAAGACCCUCGAGAGCAACUCGAACAAGCGCCGCGGCGAGAUGUCCCGAGCGGCCCAAGCGAGGAAGCCCGUCCCGCCCCGCGUGGUUUGCCGGAAGGGAGUGCGGGCGGGACCAUGAUGCGGCCCCGGAGACAAGGCCCCCAAGGUGCGCCCGUCCCGAAAAACGGGGCCGGGUGGGGCAGUGGCGCCGUCGGCGCAUCUGAUGGGCCGGCCCGGGGCCCUGCGCGUGCCUCUGUUCGCUCCGGCCUCCCGGCGGCGCCGGGCCGCUAGCGGGGGGGCCCACCAAGAAACGCAGGCAGUCGGGCGACGGCCUGCAGUGCUUGCGAGAACCGGGCGGCCUGCAGUGCUUGCGAGAGCCGGCGUCGUUUAAAGGGAGGCAGACUGACGACGCCCGCCGGCCGGCGGCCGGCCUACUUCAUCAGGGCGGCGCCCCCGUGUGGCUUCCCUGCUUGUGGCGUAGAGCACUCGCCUGGGACGCAAGACUCCAAUCAGGGCGCGAUCUACGGCGACAGUGUACACAGCAGGAAUGCCAGACGUUACGCGCAUGCGCCUAGUUCUGGCGCAAGAGUACAAGGGUGCGGCUUGUAGUAGCGCGCCCGCUCUACUCUUGGGUCCCUCGUGGUCCUUCGCCGCCUUGCCCCGAUUGCAUGCAGCCCGCGCCGGCCGCGGGUUCCGCCUAGCUGGCGCGCGGCAGGUUCAGGCUGUAGCCUGUUUCGCACGCGCGCCGCCCCCCCCCUCCGGGGCCUGGUGUUUUUGCUGUGUCGCUGCCUCUGUAUGUGCCUGCCGCCGUUAUAUUUUCUUGGGCCCCCGCACGCAGGCAAUUUCUUCGCCUUCGGCGCAUGCCGUGGCGGCCGCAGUGUUUUUUUCGGCGCAUGCAGUGGCGCGGCAUGCGAACCCCGGCCCGCGGCCGGCGGACUGCGAUUUCCGGGAGGUUCGUGCGCCUCCGAUCGCACAUGGACGGCAAGCACACCGGUUGCUCCUCAUGUAUAUUCUCACACAAACAAU